AUGGAAGAUAAGAAUAAGAAGAUGAAGAAGAAGAAGGAGAAGGAGAGCAGCAUUGCAUGGACUGCUGCCUCCAAUAAUCUGAACACUGAAUCCUUUCCAGAGGAUUUCGAGUUUGGAGUUGCCACUUCCUCGUACCAAAUAGAAGGAGCAUGGAACGUCAAUGGAAAGGGCGAAUCGCAAUGGGAUUAUGUCACUCACAAUUUGGAUUGGAUCGUGGACGGAACGAACGGAGAUGUUGCAUGCGAUUCUUAUAACAAAUACAAAGAGGAUGUGAAGAUGCUGUCCGAUCUCGGUGUGGACUAUUACAGGUUUUCGUUUUCCUGGCCGAGGAUAUUUCCUGAUGGGAAAGAGCAAGUGAACAGCGACGGAGUCCGUUACUAUAACGAUCUAAUUAACGAGCUGAUUGCUUAUAACAUAACUCCGAUGGUGACUCUAUUCCAUUGGGACGUGCCUCGAGCUUUGGUGGAAAAAUCCGAUGGUUUAUUGGGAGAUCAAUUCCCAGCUCAGUUCGCGUACUACGCCGAUUUCGCGUUCGAGACUUUCGGAGAUAGGGUGAAGACGUGGUUCACGUUCAACGAGCCGAACAACGCAUGUGAUCUUGCUAUUUAUCCAAAUGAAGAAAACGAUUACAAAUGCACCAGGAACGUUUUAUUAGCCCACGCCAAGGCUUACAGAAUUUACGACGAGACUUAUCGGACUAAACAACAGGGAACAAUUGCAAUGGUCAUAGACAGUUACUGGCAUGAACCGAAGACGGAAUCGCCGCAAGAUAAAGAAGCUGCGGACAGGUAUCUGCAGUUUAUGUUCGGAAUAUGGGCACAUCCAAUAUAUUUGGGGGAUUAUCCAUUGAUCGUUAAAGCUCUAGUGGAGUAUACCAGUAAAAUGAAUGGACUACCUGCAUCUAGACUACCUCUUUUAACUGAAGAUGAAGUUAAUCUGGUCAAGGGUACUCACGAUAAUCUGUUUGCGUUAAAUUUUUACAGCUCAAAGUUGGUUUCCCAUUCGGACGUCGUUAAUGUCAGUGAGUUGUCGAGGGAGAACGAUGCUCACAUAGUCUUCACUCAACCAGACGAAUGGCCCGGCCCACCAAAUUACUCGACAUGGCUCAGAAAAACACCAUGGGGAUUGAGGAAGAUGUUGAAUUGGAUCAAGCAGAACUACAACAAUCCAGAUAUUAUUAUCACCGAAAAUGGAUAUUCCGAUGAAGGGGAGAUGAACGACCUGGGACGAAUCGAUUAUUACAAAACGUAUUUAAGCGCUGUGCUGGAUGCAAUUCACGAAGAUGAAAUCCCAGUUAAAGCGUACACAGCUUGGUCACUUAUGGACAAUUUUGAAUGGCUCGAUGGUUACAAGAGCAAAUUUGGUUUCUACAGUGUGGACUUUAACGAUCCGGACCGCAAGAGGAGCCCGAAGCAGUCGGCAGACUUCUACAAAAAAUUGUUAAUUGAAAGAAGAUUAGUCAAUUCAUCACCUGCCAAGAUGGGCACCUUGUCCUUAAUCGCCUCGGCAAUUUGUUUUUAUCUUUAUUUAAUAUUAUAA